GGCGCAGCCACUGUAAAAUUUCAACGCCUUUCAAUGUGUUAACAGGCUGAUGGUAACUAACUUAGGGUGUUACCAUUUUUUAGCGUCGCUUCCUAUAAAGCCCCGCUUCCCUCGUUCCUUCCACCCAAUUCCAGUGCAUACUCGCCUCGCACACAAUUCGCAAUGUCUUCGUUUAGAGACAUCAUACUUUCUAUCAACCCAAGUCUCGAAUUUGUCAACCCCCGCCCCGCCAGCUCGCACCCUGUCAGCUCACGCUCUGCCGACCCUCGCUCUGUCGGACCUCGAUCUGACGGCUCUCGCCCUGCCGACUCUGGGUCUCACCAUGCCAGCUCUCACCCCGACAACUCUCAACCUGGCAAUUCCUACCAUCGCAAUCUCCAACCUGCCAGCUCUCCACAGGUCGCAAGUCAUUCUUCAACCAAGGACGAUGAUACCUCGAUCAUUAGCAACUCCCUCACAACCGACCACCAUGCGACCGUGAACGCCGAGCUAGCUUCAUUUCAAGACGAGCAUACCGACAGCAGCGGUUACAGCACCCAAAGCGACACAGAGUUCAGCAAAUCUGACGAGGAAGCUACCGAUGAUGAUGGUGAAUCCACCGAAAGUGAAGAUGAUGAAAUACAAUCUAGCCGCCCAACCAAGCGCAUGCAGUUCCAGCUGGCGAUGAACUAUCAACAGUGCAACGAUAACUCGAAAAAGGUCAGGGACCGUGACAUCGGAGCGAUUGGUGAUGAUUGGAAGAGAGAUGGCGAGGUCUUCCAGGACAUUACACAGUGGUGGGGUCACCACCGUCCCGUCCAUUCGCCUUGCAGCGGUGGCAUCGGCCUGCACAAGUUCGCGUCCAGUGCCCACCCGCGCAAUACCCUUGUAGACAAGAUGGCGCGGGAUUGUUCCUCGAACUUUCUAGAGGCGUGGAAGCAGCUUUCUAGUCUUACCCGUGGCAACAGGGAUGAAGGUGUGAAUUUGGCGAUCAAGAAGGCCAACGAACGUCAAGCCGAAGGUUCUCGCAACUCUUACAAGAACGUCCCUGAGGUUAUGCUCGGAGAUAUCGUAAAGGCCGUUGAUGAACUGAACGGCCGCACCACUACACCAACAAAAAAGCGUGCUCAAAAGACUUUCGCAGUCAGAAAGGCUAGUGGUCGUGAUUCUAAGGGUCAGUAA